UUCAGAACAAUCAAAUAGCCAUCCAAUCAAACUAUUAAAUAGGGACAAACAAUGGGCCAAUAAAUGAUUUAGAUCUCAGUGAAUUACUAAUACUGUUCAAAUGGUCAAUUCAUAAGGUUAACCGAUUUGCAAAAUAUUCAUUAAACCGACGAUUUUAAAUGGUUAAGCGAAACUAUGCAAUUGUACUGGUUUUUUUCAAAAAGCAUUUAAGAAUGACUACAACGUUGAGGAAUUCGAUUUCAAUUAAACAGAUUUGACCAUUUCGAUAGGUUAUGCAAUUCAAGUGAUGGUCAAAUCUGUUUCAAGUGAUGCAAUUCAAGUAACAUUCUUUCUGAGCAUUUGGCAAUUACACAAUGUUUUAAUCAAAUAACUGAAACUAUGAAGCUUAACUUAAUUUCUUAAACUAAAUUUUAAUUUGUAUUAUUGUAAUGUUGUUCAAGUAUGUCAUUACAUUUAAACUAAUCUAUGAAAGUACACUGACCGAUAAAGAUAAUGAAUAGUCAAUUUCUUCUUUAUCGAUAUAAUCAAUUAACAAUGAAAGUCUGAUUGUUUUUUCAUUCAAUCUAGUUUUGUGGGAACUGAUUCAGAAGCUAAAGUGGUGUAACAUCUUGUGAUGCACAAAGCAUCUCAGAUCAAGUGUUGGAUUAGAUUAAUUGCUUCAUCAUUAUCACCGCCUAGAAGAAUUCUUUAGAUAAUUUUAAAAUAAAACAAAAACUCAAAUAAAACUUUUAAAAACUCGUAAAGAGGAUAUUAAGGAGAUCACUCAGUGGUGGCUAGUGAUUUUAGGUUCGAUUCUGCCAGCAGUUAUCCUCAGCUGUAAUCAGAAGAGGGAGCUGUGUAUCCUCAUCGUAAUCUCCAAAACCCCUCAUCAAACGCACGACCGAUUUAAAAUCAAAGAAAUUUUCACGAGAAAACUCAAAAUCCAAUAAAAACUCACAUUAGAAAAACAAAAUCAAAACCAAUUGAAUGAUAAUUUAAUGGAAAAGAGAAGGCUCAGUUCAGCGGGAUUAUCGACACAGAAACGAAUCUCCAGUUACGGUAGAAACGCCUAAUUCCGGUCUGUUGAGCUUGAAUUUCCGAGUCGUCACUGCCUUAAAAAAAUAAGAUUAUCGAGAAACUAAAGAAAUCAUAAAAAAAACAACGAUUAAAACAGAGAAAGCUUUUCUUGAAAGAGAGAACACUAGAUGCAACUGAAGGAACUCUCGGCGAUUGCUGUGUAAUUUAUAGGAACCGUAAUUAGGGUUAAGCUAGGUCUUCGAUGGAGUUUUCGUGGAGGCCCAUUCUCGGCCCGUUAGAUGAUUUCAGAAUUGUGCGCCUUUGUUUUCGCGGAUGUCUUGGUUUAAAUUCGGUUUGAUUUAACUUGGUUCGGUUUGGGUUGGAAUUGAAAAAUAUUUGAUGUCGUCUCUCUCUGUUCAAGUGUUUUACGGGGCGAUGGAAGCACUGAGAGCUUCCUACGGUGGUGACUCUUCAUCUGAUUCCGAUACCGAUGAUCUUUCUCCGGCCGGUUCCGUUUCUGCGAAUCCCGGCGAGAAUUCAACCGGCGUGAAGCACGAGAAGGAGUCGAUUGCCUUGCCUCCUCCGCCGCUUUCGCUUCUCGAUUCCAUCGGAUCAACUGAUUUCUUCUCAACAGAGCCUGUGGUUCGAGUAAGGAACUUCCCUCACGUCGAUGGAAAUUACGCCUUGCACGUUUACAUCCCUGUUUUUAUACCUCUAUUGCCGAAGAAGGAGAUUGUAUGUUUUCUAAAGAAGGUUGCAUCAGUUGUUCCUAUUCUUCAUCUAGUAGAAUCUGAUGUUCCACUCAGCAUCCUGUGCAAGGAUGACCAGAAGCUUGAGCAUGCCUUGGGGAGAGAGUUCCACAUAAGCUUGGGAAGAAACGUUCCUCUACGUGUUCAUCAGAUUAACUCAGUGGUCUCUAUGCUUCGGCAAAAGCUUCAGUUACAGAAGAGAUACUGGAUCGAGUUUAACAAGUGGGAAGUCUUUGUGAAUGACGAUUGUACUCGCUCUUUCCUUUCUUUGGAAGUCACUACUUCUGGACUAUCUGAGAUAUGUAAGCAAAUUGAUGCUGUUAAUGAAGUUUACAAGCUUCAUAAUCUGCCAGAGUUCUACAAGGAUCCACGGCCACAUAUAUCCUUGGUCUGGGCGUUGGGUGAUAUUAGAACUUCUCUGAAAGGAGCUGUUGAUGUGGAACUGAGGAAGCUUAGAGCGAGUGGUUGCGUGCAGAAUCGUAUCUUCACCUCGAAGUUUGGUGGGAUUGAGUGUAAGAUAGGAAACAAAACACACAAAAUAUGUAAACUCCCAGAUGAAUAACAAAAUCUCAGAUUUCUCAAAACCUAUCAGGAAAUCAACAGAUUUUCUGUAACAUGGAGUGGAAGAAUCGACUGAGCAUGCCAAUAGUCUUCUCGAGCAACCUCAUCAAACUCGGGGUUGUAGCAGGGAGGAUGGAUGUGAUGAGAAUGCAGUAAAGCUUGACAUGAUCAGGCGCAAUGCUAAUCAUAGCCGUGUUGUGCGAGAAGUACAUAGCCAUCAUACAAACCUGAAGCUGGAACCGCAAUGGGAACCCGAGGGUGAGAAUGUUUAGCAUAGAAAGUGAAACCGAAAACCCGAUUGUGUUAAAGAACACAAACAAAGUGAAAGCAACUCCAUUAAAGGUACAUAGCUAUCUUGCCAGGUUCCACCAGGUGGAGUCAGGCUGGCUUGAAACGUGGCUGUGGCGACCAGUGAAGCCACCACGAGCAAAGCGCUGCGUGCCUCUGAUGGGGAGUCUCUGUGCUUUUUGAAAGUGAAGUACUUGACAAGAUCUUUGUGGCUUUGUGACUCCAUUUGGCAUGUGGAAGUAGAAGUGGUUCUCUCGACAUUGGUUGUACCGAUGUCUCUCCCUCUUUGAGCCCCUGUCUCGAUGAGUUUCGCGUGUACCUCUCUAUCUCCAGCUUCGCUCGGGAACAUAACCAGCAAAUCCAGUGCAGAGAGACCCAUCUUGUUCAUAGCAUUCACCUCAAAUGUCCUUGAUUCUUCUGGUAUUGCCUGAACCAACACUUCAAUCACCUAUGAAGAGCUGUGUUACCCUGUUCAUCUUUCUUGUACAACACUUCGAUUUGAUUUGUCUCUGUGAUCAACUCAACAAUGGCGAUAACCGCUUCUAUCUCUUGGUGCAGAACAGCGAGAUGCAAAGCUGUUUGACCUUGAACCGUCUCGUCUUCUAAGCAAUCAACACAGCUCGAUACAAUCUCUCUGAUCACAUCGGUUUUGCCUCUCAUAGUUGCUGCAUGAAGCGGAGUCUUUCCAUCUCUACCUUUUAUCCGGCAAAGCUUCUUAUCAAUUCCCAAAAAUGCCCUCACGGUAUCUACUUGGCCAGCUGCUGCAGCCGCAUGAAGAGGGCUAAAACCUUCUUUGUCCAAGUCAAAGACUGACCGUUGCCGGAGAAUCUUCCCGGAGACUGCAUACUCUUCACGCCUGGGAUUAAAAGAGGUAUGUAGAGGAUCAGGCACGAUCUCUUUGGGUAGAUUAGACUCAAAAGCAUCCAUGUUUGGUGAUGAUGAAGAAGAGAGAGAGAUAAGACAACAACAUUGAAUAUAUACUAUGAAGGUGUUAUCACGACAAUGCUUGACACUUAUUCUAUUACAAAACUCCCUUUGACAUUUGACUUUGUAGCUAAUGAAGAAUUCCUUAAAUGAAACAAAUGGUUACAAGUGUCAGUGAUCUGCAUUCUAGUAAUUUAACCAACG